GCCCCCUUCUCAUUGCUUACUGCAACCAACCCGACGCUACCGGCCUCCGACCUAGGAGACCAGAGAAUACCAUGUCAGGAAACACUAUCAUAUUAGCAGAACUCAAUGACGAUGUUUUGGGGCACAUCCUACAAUGGCUUCCAGUCCGAGCCUUGUUAUCGCUCUCAAUGUCGUGUCGUUGGCUUCGGGAGGCGUGCAUGCACCUUUUAUUUGGGCGUUCUUCCCUCCUUGUCUAUGGGCCGGGACAAGUAGAGCGGUCCGAGGACUUCUUGCCUGCAUCACUCCGGCCUUACGUCCAUUCGAUGGUCUUCUGCGACGAAUGCUUUGACCAGUCAUAUUGUGAUCUCGACCCAACGACCGACGGAGGUAUACCACUGCGCCUAGACUUCACUGACGACCCUAUGCUUUGUGGCGCUUUCCCCGCCGCUCUUCUCGCCGAACGUCUUCGAGAGAUCCCUCGCCUUCGCUCGUUGACACUGUAUAAAUCCAAUACAGCAACACAUGGCCUGCCAUGGGGAACCCUGCGUGUAAUCUUGUCAGAGCCGCGCUUGCGCGAGCUAAAGCUCCGCGACUUCCUCUUCUGUCCUGUCUUACGUUCUGGCGAGGAACUCGACGUUGGCUUCGUGGCUCCACUCACGACGUUUCAAUACGUCUUAUACCAUCCACGAGACCCCUGGACAUUCCCCUCCGAGAUGACAGCAUUAGCUUUCGUACUGGGCAAGCUAUGCGAGACUCUCGAGACAUUGAUUUUGUCCAGCGAACCCGCACCUCCUUCCACCCUUAGCCGGUUCCGUUGGCCUCGUCUGCGGAAGCUCGUCUACUACGGAACUCCCUGGAAUUCCCUCGCCAAACCGUUCGUAUCCCUAUGCUCUGGAAUGCAGGGGUUGCGGUGCCUCUCACUGAAACUCAGCCCUCCGCCGGACACCACGCCCCAAUUACUGUGGCCACCCGAUCAUACUGGUUCUUUCCCGUGGCCAGAACUUGAACGUCUGGUCAUCUCAUACCCCCGUGCAGAUGACGACAUCUACAGUCAUCUUCCUUCGUCCCUUCGUGCGCUAUCGUUGCGUUGUUGGGAGCAUGUCUGUGACCAACAGUGGUCUUGGGGUUACGGUUUCACGUAUCCCCCUAACUACGAUUCCAUCUUACGCUCCUCCACUCUGCUCUCCGUUCUGCGACAAUGCAAGUCGUUGAACCUGGACCACCUCGAGAUUGAAUACAUCGCCGAUGAAACAGACGAUGCGCUUCUACAAUACAUAGCGACCACAUUUCCGCGUCUGACGUCCCUUAAAAUGCAUCGUCAUCGAUCCGAAAGCGAGGAGUCGGACAUAUCUGUGGCGCACAUAGCCCAUGAACUUGCUCCUCUUUCUCACCUUCGUCGCCUCAAAAUGUCUCUGGACUUCGAAAGUACGCCACGACCGGUCAGAGCGUAUAAUCAAGUGUUACAUCCAAGUGCCCACUUCAUCAAUACUUCCAUGGACACCAUACGGAAUGCUGCAGCAACAAUUGCGCGCGUACUAGGUCCUUCUUUGCGUGUUGUCAUUCUAUGGGGCGGUAGACCUACUUGGCAUGCUUUUGACAUCGUUUCUGGGCGUGCUUAUGAAUGACUGACAGCACUUACGGCUUAAUCCAGUGCCUUGUGCCAUACCUACAGAUGGAGCUAAGUAAGAUGAUUGUUUUCCUUGUGUCCCUUCCAAACCAAUGUACGCUCACACGAAAACAUGCCGAAUGUGCGUCCGGCGGCCAUAUGUCUAAAUUUACCAGAGGACUUCACCUAACACAUCUGUAAAGACACGUUCAAUGAUUUUCAUGUCUUCUUCAGGAGUUUCGGCCACCAGUAGCAUUCAAUAUAACCCCUUCUCAUGGCGCGGACGGCUCGAGCUCGGAGCGUGCUCCCCACGACAGCAUUCCCUCUACUACUCUCCCUUACACUUCACCUCCCACGUUUUGACCUACUAUACUAGUACAGUACCCCGGCAGUUCAUGUCUACAUAGGGUUUCGCCCUAACGCGACAAUAAAUGGGAUUUACA